CAUUUAUGGGGGAGAGGCAGCAAGCCCCCCUGUGACAAUAAGAAACCUCCCACAGCCUGCUCCUCCCUUCACACCCCCUUGGAGGUAUAAGGAGAGAACUGACAGCCUAGACUCCUAGGCUCCAGAGAGGGGAAGGGAGGGAGGGACAGAGAGGGAAGGGGUAGAAAGACGAGCUUUGGGCAGGCAGGGUUAUUCUCUCUGCUUCUCUGCCUGGCAUACACUGCCCAGCUAUGGGAACCUUCGACCUGUGGACAGAUUACCUGGGUUUGGCACGCCUGGUGGGGGCGCUGCGUGGGGAAGAGGAGUCCGAAACCAGGCUGGACCCCCAGCCACAGCCAGCUCCAGGACCAGGGGGUCAGAGGCCCAGCCCGGAAUCUUCACCAGCUCCUGAACGCCUGUGCUCUUUCUGCAAACACAACGGCGAGUCUCGGGCCAUCUACCAGUCCCAUGUGCUCAAGGAUGAGGCGGGCCGGGUGCUGUGUCCCAUCCUUCGUGACUACGUGUGCCCCCAGUGCGGUGCCACGCGCGAGCGUGCCCACACUCGCCGUUUCUGCCCGCUCACUGGCCAGGGCUACACCUCUGUCUACAGCUACACCACCCGCAACUCCGCUGGCAAGAGAGUGUCCCGGCCUGACAAGGCAAGGAUGCAGGACUCAGGGCAUCGCCGUGGAGGAGCAGGAACAGCAGGUUCCAAAGGUGCUGGGAAGUCUUCUGGACCUUCACCCUCUUCCUUCUGUCCUUCCACUUCGGCCUAAGAGAGGAGGCUGGUGCAGGAAGGAUGGAGAUGCUGCCUUCCCCUGGGUGUGGGGACCCAAGCUCUAUGGAGGAUGUAUUUUGGGGGAAGAUCCCACCUUGCCAAGGACCUGCCUCUGGACCCUUGCCCCAGCCUGGAGGCCUGGUAAGAGAGCAGGGCCUGAGAGUACAGCUGAAAGAGACCCCAUGAGGAUGGAGGUGGCCCUCAGGCACCCUGGCCCUCCCUAUCCAGCACUGGGCACCCAGUCAGCGCUCA